AUAUUACUUGUAUUUGAAUUAAAAGAAGAAAAACAAAAUACUACCAGUACUAUUUUCAGAUUCAUUUUAAUUUUAAAAGUGCAAUUGCAUGCCAGACAGAGUGUCUGUGACUCGACUACUCUAAAUAAAUAAAUAUCAUUAUUAUCAUUAAAUAUUAUUAUUAUAUAUACUAAUACUAUAGUUUUAACUCACUGAUAUCAGAAUUCAGAACCCAAUCUUCAUUCAAUAAACUAUGGCUGCGUUACAAUCUCUACUCAAGAGAACAACCAAACCUAACCGUUCCGAUUUACUUGCAUGCAGACCUUUCUCUUCUCUCCGAUCCUCUUCCGCCACCGCCACUCAAACCAUUACUACGCCACCGCCGCAGAUACCGCCGUUCGAUCACCAACCUCAUCCGUAUUAUGGACCAUCCGCCGAUGAAGUUUUCUCCAAGCGUAAACAGUUCCUUGGUCCUUCCUUGUUCCAUUUCUAUCAAAAACCCUUGAAUAUUGUGGAGGGGAAGAUGCAAUAUCUGUAUGAUGAAGCUGGAAGACGUUACCUUGAUGCUUUUGCUGGGAUUGUUACUGUUUCUGCUGGACACUGUCACCCUGAUAUUUUGAAUGCCAUCUUUGAGCAGAGUAAACUUUUGCAGCAUGCAACCACUAUUUAUCUACACCAUGCUAUUGCUGAUUUCGCCGAGGCUUUGGCCGCCAAGAUGCCCGGAAAUCUAAAAGUUGUGUAUUUUGUAAAUUCUGGUUCGGAAGCAAAUGAAUUGGCAAUGCUGAUGGCAAGAUUGUAUACCGGUAAUCUUGGUAUGAUUUCUUUAAGGAAUGCAUACCAUGGGGGUAGUUCUAGUACAAUGGGUCUCACCGCUCUUAACACAUGGAAAUACCCACUUCCUGAGGGUGAAAUUCAUCAUGUUAUGAAUCCAGACCCAUACCGUGGAGUCUUUGGUGCAGAUGCCGAUAGCUAUGCCAAAGAUGUCCAAGACCAUAUUGACUAUGGGACUUCAGGAAAAGUUGCUGGAUUUAUAGCUGAAACAAUCCAGGGGGUUGGAGGAGCAGUUGAACUUGUACCUGGUUAUUUAAAAAAUGUAUAUGACAUCGUACACAAGGCUGGCGGUGUCUGCAUUGCAGAUGAAGUGCAAACGGGCUUUGGUCGCACAGGAAGCCAUUAUUGGGGAUUCGAGACACAGGGUGUUAUUCCUGAUAUAGUUACAAUGGCAAAGGGUAUUGGCAAUGGUUUGCCAUUAGGAGCUGUAGUUACAACUCCAGAAAUUGCAAGUGUGAUGGCCCAGAAGAUUCAAUUCAAUACAUUUGGUGGGAACCCCGUAUGUUCUGCCGGGGGACUUGCAGUGCUCAAGGUUCUGGAUAACGAGAAGCGGCAGGCUCAUUGCGCUGAUGUUGGCUCUCACCUGCUUGAGCGUUUGAGAUCACUUCAGCAACGACAUGACAUCAUCGGUGAUGUGAGGGGAAGAGGACUAAUGCUGGGGGUAGAACUUGUUACCGACCAGAAAAACAAGACACCUGCAAAGGCUGAAACUGCUGUCUUGUUUGAAAAACUUAGAGAACUUGGCAUUCUAGUUGGGAAAGGAGGACUACAUGGAAAUGUUUUCAGGAUUAAGCCACCAAUGUGUUUCAGUAAAGAUGACGCAGAUUUUCUUGUGGAUGCCCUGGACUAUUCUAUGACGAAGUUGUGAAAUGAUUAUGCAUCCUGCUGUCAUAAAAGAAAUUCCUUGAUAAUGGCAGCAAAUACGGCAACAUAAUUUGUAAACAUAUAUGUUCAGAAGUGUUUUUAUCAAUAAUGAAAUGUUCCCCCCAUUGCGAUUA